AUGGGCGGUCAUACGUUGUUGGUAUUGGUAUUGGUAUCGGCAGCUUUGGUGGUUCUAUCCACGGCGGAGGAAAUCGGUGCGGUCAACUCCUUCAAAGUCAUAGGAAGAGUUUACUGCGAUACAUGUCAAUGUGGAUAUGAAACCAACAUCACCACCUACAUCACAGGUGCUAAAGUCAAACUUCAAUGCCUCGACAGGAUCAACUAUAGGUUGAAAUACGAGGCCGAAGGCGAAACAAAUGAAAAUGGAGAAUAUGUGAUCUACGUAAAGGGAGACAAAGGGGAUGACAUGUGCGACGUAUCCCUCGUAAGCAGCUCAUUAGACGGAUGUGACAAAGUUGACACUGGCCGAGAUAGGUCACGUGUCAGUCUCACAGGUUACAAUGGACUAGUCGAUGAAAUUCGUCAUGCAAAUGCCAUGGGUUUUAUGAUCAAUGAACCAUUGGGAAGCUGCACAAUGGUGCUGAAACAGUACCAAGACAAUGCUGAUGUAUAA